UUUAAAUUCAAAUAUUAAAUUAAAGGAAAAGCAAACUAACAAUAAACUAGAAGAUAUGCAACUCUAUGAUAAACUUGAACAUCAAAGAAAUAAUAAGGAAUUCUUAAAAAAAUUGGACAGAUUGUAUCCAAAUCCAAAGUCUUCUAUAACAAGUAUUUAUGCAAUAAUCAGCCAUGAAUUGAAAGACAAUACAGUACUAACUUCCCAUUUUGCAAAUUUAACUGUAAAAAAUUCUAAAUUCUGGCAAAAUACUUUGACUGUCAAAUGGCCAGAAACUUUGUCUUUUAAAAGUAUUAGUAAAACCAAAGGAAUAGCUUUUAAAAAUUCAGCCUUGAAGUGUUUGCAAUGGCUAGAAAUGAAUGGUAAAUUGAAAAACGGUAAACCAAUCAUUUAUCAAAUCAAAGAUGUAAAGAACAUGCAGUUAAAGCCUGUUGAUUUAAGUGUUACUUCUGAACUUUUGUACAAGAUGACAGACUUAAUUGAAACUUAUGAAACGAAAAUACGGAACCUGACAAUACAAGAAAGCAAUUCCAAUAAUGUUACAUACAAUCUAUUACAUGACAACAUAUCUCAGCCUCACCCGAUUCUUGGAGAAAUGAAUUACACAGAUAUUGACAAUCGCAACAAAAUAUUAAAACAAAGAUUACUUGAAAAACAUACCAAUGAAGAUGUUAGUCUACCGAUCACUGAAUUCAGGGAUGAAAUUCUCUCUAAAUUAGAAAACAAUCAAGUUUUAUUGAUAGAAGGCGAUACUGGUUGUGGCAAGACUACUCAAGUUCCUCAAUUUAUAAUGGAUAAUUUUGCACAGAAUGAAAAUGCCACCGAUUGUAAUAUAUUAGUAUCACAACCACGUAGAAUCUCUGCAAUCUCUCUGGCAGAUCGUAUCGCACAUGAAAGAGGAGAAAAAGUGGGAGAUGUUGUGGGUUUUCAAGUGAGAUUAGAACAAGUAUUACCAAGGGGACUCGGUGGGAUACUUUUUUGCACUACAGGUAUAUUACUGAGAAAAUUGCAGAGCAAUCCCAAUUUAGAAGGAUGUUCGCACGUCAUUUUGGACGAGGCGCACGAACGUCAUAUCGACACCGACAUGCUAAUGAUUCUACUCAAGAGAGCUCUGAAACAAAAUCCCAAUUUGAAAGUUCUGAUUAUGUCGGCGACUAUAAAUGCGCACAUGUUUCAAAAAUACUUUAAUUGCGCCGCUGUUAAAGUACCGGGUAGGCUAUAUCCCGUAAAAAUGCAUUUCCUAGAAGAUAUCGCUACUCUACCAAAUAUCCAAAAAUAUCGAAUAUUUGAUCGUUACAUAAAUGACGACGAAAGACUUUCAGUUGAUUUUGGAAAAGUAGUACAAGUUAUAAGAUGGAUCUCUCAUAAUAAACCACCCGGUGCCAUUUUGUGCUUCUUACCUGGAUGGAAUGAAAUCACAAAAGUGCAGAAUAUGCUCGAGUAUUUUCCGCUUGAAACGGAAAAACAACUGAUUUUACCGAUCCAUUCCAAAGUAUCACACAAUGAGCAGCGCAAGAUUUUCGAACAUAUAUCCGCGGACACCCGAAAGAUUAUCUUGGCUACGGAUAUUGCUGAAACUGGCAUCACUGUUAGUGAUGUAAUUUAUGUUAUAGAUUCUGCCAUACGAAAGGAAUCGCGAUGGGACGAGAAUAAAGAUUUACUGUGUAUAAGCAAUCGUUGGGUCUCUCAAGCAAACAUUCAUCAGAGAAAAGGAAGAGCCGGGCGUGUUAAACCUGGUGAAAGUUAUCAUUUGAUUACAAAAGCAGAAUAUCAAAAAUUGGAACCGCAUCCAAUCCCGCAAGUGUUGUGCAAUCCUCUGGAAAAAGUAGUUCUCGAUACUAAAACGUACACAAACGAAACGGCGGAAAAUUUUCUGAGUAACUUAUUGGAACCGCCUAAACCAGUUUCAAUACGGAAGGCAGUAGAGAAUUUAAUAAAUCUCGGAGUAUUGGAUGACGAGGAGAAUCUUACAGCAUUGGGUAGACGAAUAGCAUUAUUCCCGACACAUCCUAAAUUUAGUAAAGCAUUGGUGUAUUCCUCCAUUUUCAACUGCAUACAUCCUAUUGUAACGAUAACUAGUGUAUUCUCUGGUGAAAGUAAUCUCUUUUAUGGUGUAUUAGAUCACAAGUCAGAAAUCAGGACAAAUAAAAAAUUGUAUCAUCCAUCCAGUGACCAUAUUGCAUUGGCAUGGAUAUAUAAGCAAUGGUGCAAACAUAAUACCAUUAGUACACAUUUAAUACCAAAGUUUUGUAAACAAAUGAGAAUUCGACAGAACAGAAUGGAAGUACUAAAUCAGAUACGAAAUACGUUUAUUCAUCAACUGAUUCAUUGUCGUUUAUUGAACAAAAAUUGUACGUAUGAUAAUUUUAAUGAUGUAACAAAUAAGUAUGAGAAUAAUGACGAACUGGUACAAGCUCUAUUAUAUUCUGCUACGCAGCAAUUGAUAGAACAUAAAGAUAUAGGAUUCAAAAAUGGAAUCCUGAGAAAAGGCGUCAAUGAACUCCGAAUUCAUCGUGCUCUAGCUGUUAUUUCGGGAGAAAGUGUUAAUUAUAAGCGAAAAGAUUGGCCAACUCCUUACUUGACGUAUUUUAAUGGUGCGCAUUGCGAAAUGAGACGCAGUAUAGUUGUUCGUGAAACAAGCAUGUUAUCACCUCUAUCAGUAUUACUUUUUAGUCAAGGAGACAUUCAAUGUUACGAGCAAAAUGAUGGCAGAAUAGAAAUUACAAUCAAAAUUAAUCAAUCGCAAACUUUAAGAUUUUCUUGUGACAAUGAGACUGCUAAUGUGCUCUUAGAAUUUAGAAAUAUUAUGUGGUCAUUAGUACAGUACUCAUUGGAAAAACAAGGAAUUAAUGACUACACUAAUCUUAAUACAAAGCAAAUAUUUGAAUAUAAAGACAAAUUACUCGAAAUUGUUUCAGAAAUUCUGUGCAAAUCAUCUGAGUCCAUAGAAAAUGACAAAGUAUCUAUGGCUUAAAUGUAUGUAAAUGUCUAAAAAAUACAGUAUAUAAUACCAGUGUAAUGAAGUUUAUAUCUCUAGGCUAGAGAUUGUUAAGAAAAAAAAUUAAAAUAGAAAGAUAUAAUCAGACAAAAAUGACAUUAACAUUCUAAGAAUUAUGAUCAUAAAACAAAGGUAAAAGAGAGACAUAUGUAUUCUUCAGUAUAGGAAGAAUGUGGAGAAAAUAUACAUUUUAACA